AUGUAUUCUUCACCGCUGCUUAGUCGUUCAACAGGAUUUGGACCUUCAAUGGACACGGCUCCUUUGGACAACAGCUCAUCAAUGUCGACUAACAAAUUUGUUGCUGAUAACCAGGGCGAUGCUGCAAAAGCACCAUCGUUUCUCUUCGGUCAAAAACGGCGGUCAGUGGCUCCUGGAGCUCCUUCAUAUGCUGCAGAACGUGCAUUAUCUGCGAAUUUUUGCUUAUUUGCUAAUUUACCAGGAUUUAGAGAAGUCCUGCUACGCUUACUUAUGAUGAUUAUAGACCUCAACAAUCCAUACUCCGGCCAUAGUGCACCAUCAAAUGAUAUUUUUGCUUCUCCUGUACCAAGUCAGUUAAGA